AUGGCCGGAGGACGCCUUCCGGAGCUGCUCUUCCUUUUGCACGCCGUGGCUCGCCUGGCUGCCGAGCAAGAAGUUGAAAAUCUCUCCGGACUCUCCCCUAACCCCGAAAAGGACAUUUUUGUGGUGCGAGAAAACCGGACGACGUGUCUCAUGGCGGAGUUCGCCGCCAAGUUCGUCGUCCCCUACGACGUGUGGGCAAGCAACUACGUGGAUCUGUUGACGGAACAAGCCAAUAUCCCGUUGGCGCGGGGCGCCGAGAUGAAGGGCAAGUGCGGCACGAACGAGUCGGAGUUGGAAAUCUCCUGGCUGGAGCAAGCCUACACCCUCAAACUCUCCUUCCUGAAGGAGGGGCGCAACACGUCCCGGGGUCCGGAGGCUUUCUGGAGGCUCAGCCGAAUCCAGUUCACCUACGACACGUCUGAGCGCACCUACUUCAAGGAUGCUGUCAGCCCUGGGAAGCACACUGCCAUCUCACAUGGGCUGUCUGCCCUGCUCACCCCAGCUGGGAAAUCCUAUGAGUGCCAGGCUCAGCAAACCAUCUCCCUCAUCUCCACUGACCACCAGAAGUCCGUGCAGCUCUUGCUGUCAGAAGUCCGCAUCCAACCCUUCGACAUCACUGCGGAUUUUGUUUUCAGUGAAGAACACAAGUGCCCAGUGGACCAGAGGGAGCAGUUAGAAGAAACCUUGCCUCUGAUUUUGGGCCUGAUACUGGGGCUGGUUAUCGUGAUAACCCUCUGCAUUUACCAUAUCCACCACAAGCUGACAGCCAACCAAGUGCAAAUUCCUCGGGACAGAUCUCAGUACAAACACAUGGGAUAG